AUGGAAUCUCAAGAAAAGGCUCUAAAAGAUGAAAGGGAGCGGGCAGCAAUCUCCUUUAAGGCUUUUCUGCUGAAAAACAGUCCAAAAACAAACAUGAAUCUUUAUGACCACCUUGCCCGGUUAUUGACUAAAGUGAUGGAUGAACGUUUGGAAAACGCCGUAGAUGUAAUAGAGGACUUGAGUCUUGACCUGAAGCGCAGCUUGCUUCAGGACGAGCAGAGCACUUUGCGAGAUAUUCCUCUCACCUCGGACACGGAGCACCUGGCCGACCAGCAGCGCGCGCUGUUUACACGCGGUGCAGGCGAUGAAGUUGAUCACGACGAAGAAAUGGUUGAGACACCCUUACCCAAUGUUGGAGAGGUGAGUUUUUAUCUCGAGCAGGCAGGGGUGGGGUUAGGGAGAGAGGAGAUGCAGAGGGUGUUUUUGGCAGUGAAACAGCUGGUAGACACACAGCCCCUGCAACGCUGCAGAUUCUGGGGUAAAAUCUUAGGCAGGGAGACCAACUACUUAGUUGCCGAGGGAGAGUACAGAGAGGGUGAAGAGGAAGAGGAGGAGUCAGAGGAGACAGAUAACGCAGAAAAAGAGGAUGAGGUCAAAGAGGAUGAAGAUGACACAGGAGUCGUUGAGGUGAUGGAUGAACAUCCCAAAUCAACCUACAAGCCACCUCCUGUAGUGCCGAAGGAGCCCAACCGGACCGGUGCAAACAAGUUCACCUAUUUUGUGUGUCGAGAACCUGGUUUGCCCUGGGUGAAGCUACCCUCGGUCACCCCAGCUCAGAUCACUGCGGCGCGGCAGAUCCGGAAGUUUUUCACAGGCCGACUGGACGCCCCUGUCAUCAGCUACCCGCCGUUCCCUGGAAACGAGGCCAGUUACCUCCGGGCCCAGAUCGCCCGAAUCUCGGCGAGUACACAGGUCAGUCCGCUGGGAUUCUACCAGUUUGGAGAAGAGGAAGGUGAGGAGGAAGAGGAAGGAGCCAGAGACAACUUUGAGGAAAAUCCCGACUUUGAGGGUAUCAGCGCUCACGAAAUGGUAGAGUCUGUUUCGACAUGGGUACAUCACGUCCAACACAUCCUGACACAGGGUCGCUGCACAUGGGUGAGCGUGGCUGAAAAACCAGAGGAAGACAUUGACGAAGAGGGAGAAGAGGAGGAGAGAGAAGAAGGUGCUGAUGAGGAAGAGCAUGAGGCUGGACCACCGCUCUUAACCCCCUUAUCUGAGGACGCAGAGAUCCAUAAUACUUCUCCUUGGAGUACCAGAUUGUCAUCCCCACUAAUCCCUCAGUUUGCUAUCGCUGUACUUCGCUCUAACAUCUGGCCGGGAGCCUAUGCCUAUGCAAGUGGAAGAAAGUUUGAGAACAUAUACAUUGGAUGGGGAAUGAAGUUUGCAGGUGAGAACUUUACCCCGUGUCUGGCCCCACCACCUGAGAGUGAAUAUCCCAGUGAACCUGAGAUCAUGGAGGCCUUGGAUCCCACUGUGGAGGAGGAGCAGGCAAUGGAGGCGGCUCAGGAGGAGCAAAGGGCGCAAGAGGAAGAGGAGGGCUUGGAGGGAGACGAGGAAGAGGAAGAUGAUGACUAA